AUGGCCACAUUCAACGUCGCGCUGCAGGAGGACGGCAUGCCGGCGCUGCCCAGGCUGGCACUCAGCUCCGCCGGUCGGGGCGUCUGUAGGAGUCUAUUCGGCCCCAUCGAUCAUGACGAGCUACGAUCGGAGCUGAAGAGGCAACUGAAGGAGAUCCAAGCUUCAGACUGUCAACGUUGGAACUUCGACUUCGAGGCCGGUGCCCCCCUGAAGGGCACUUUCUGCUGGGAGCCCCUGGAGAGCAAGGAGAUGCCCAGCUUUUACCGGGAGAGCAGACUGUGCCCUGCCAGCAAUACCCCAGCGAGCAGGCAGCAGCAGCAGAUCCCCCUGUGCACCAGGCUGGCAGGAGCACAAGUGGAUGCCAAGGAAGAGCCUCCAGCAGAAGUGACGGGCACCCGAGAAAACCCAAAAUGUGCCAAGGAGAACGCCGACAAGGCUGUCAAGAGAUGCCAGGGAGUUAAAGGGCCAAGCAAAGUACCAACCCAGCUCAGGAAAAGAGAGAGCUGCCUGGUUAUCACAGACUAUUUCCCCAAGCGGAAAAAACAACAAGUUACCAAAAUCGACAGUCAAAAAGCGGUCAAUCCCAUUUGCACUUUGGAACAGACCCCUAGGAAAAAAAUCCGAUGA